GGGGAUGAGUUCAGGUAUGGCCCAGGGAGAGGCUGUCCCUAAACUGAGGUCAGCCCUGCCCCGCAGCCUUCCAGGCUCUCGGCCCCGUGCUCCUGCCUCUGGAGCCCCUGUCUCCUCCUGGCUCAGUGGGCCUGCCUUCCCAGGCCCCCGCCCCGUGCCCAUAUCAUCCACCCCAUAGAUCUCUGCAUGAGCGCUGAGCUGUCUGGUUUGCAGGCCCACUGUCUGUCUGUCCUGCUAGAUCCAUGCCUAGUCCUGAAUGGCACAGCGACAGCUCCGUUGUAUACCAGCUCCGAGACCCCCGGGAUGGUUGUCUUGGGGGACUGUCCAAAGCAAAUUGCCUGAGGGGUGGCCAGAGGGGAGGCCCCCUGUACAGGCCUGGGCACCCCACCCUGACACCGAGUCCCUUCCAGGUGCCUCCUAAGCCUGCGCUCUGGGCAAUCCUGCUGGCUCUGCUGGGAAUGGUGCCAGGCCAGUCCAGGCUCCGCACCUGCAGCGUCCCUGAAGUGCUCCGCCACUAUCGCGCCGUCAUCUUUGAGGACCUGCAGGCAGCUGUGAGGCAGGCUGGGCCAGGGGCAGAGUGGCCUGGGCCAGGCUCCCCACACCUCCGUUUCAUUCACAAAAACCUGACUGGAGCUGCGGGCCCUGCAUGGCGGGGGUUGGGGGGAGCUGUCUGCAGUGCCCAGAAGGAGCACGGUAUCCUACUGUCUAUCGCGUCCCUGGGUCGGACCCUGCGCUGGGUGGUGGACCGGGGCCGCCGCGGGGCCCUGGAGAAGGCAGCGUGGACCAUCGCCUUGCGCACCGAGGCGGUGAUGCGGCGCCACUGCGGGAUGCUGAGCCAGCGGAGCCGGUGGCCCAAGACGCGCCCUCCCCGGAGUCGCAGCGGCCGGAGGCGGCUCCUCGUGCGCGCCCUGGACGCCGUCGCCACCUGCUGGGAGAAACUCUUCGCUCUGCGGGCGGCGGCCCCCGGGGGUCCCUAGCGCGCGUCCUGCGCGGGCCCAGGAGCAGCCGGCGGAGCCGCGGGGCCUGGGCUCGAGCUUCGUUUGGGGCCGAGCGCGGUCCCUCCCUCUGGUUGGCCCCGCGCGGG